GCAGUGAACACAUGCUGAAGCCAUGUGAUUUGAUUUAACGUUAUUUCUGUUAAUUUAAAAGGGAAAAAAUCAACAUUUCAAUUUAAACUUCUAGAUUAAACUAGUUAAUCUUAUUACAAUUUUGGUUCAUUUUAAUCCAGCUCUUACAUUUUAGUGGGCGUGGCUUAAAUUCAAAUCAGAUUCAUUGAAACUAAAGCAACACCUUGACUCUGCAGGAGACACAGAGGUCAGGAGUCUGGUGACAGUGAAGACAGCGGCUGUGGUUCUGAUGGUGAUGAUGAUGAUGAUGAUGAUGAUGAUGAUGGUCCAGCAGCAGGUCAGCGGGGAGCCGCUGUGGACAGAGGCGGUGCUCCCCGGGUGUCCGGUGCGCGCAGUGCUGUGCGUGACGGCCGCGGUGUCCGUGCUGCUCGGCCUGCUCUGGCUGUACCGGCUGAUCUUCUGCCCGCUGCUGCUGCGCAGGAGCCUGGACGAGGUCGGAUACGUGACCGACAAGCGAAGGUCUAGAGCGCAGGUGGCGAACGAGGUGCGCCGCAGGAGGAAGACUGGGGAUCUGCCCCCGGUUUACCCGAACGGCUGGUACCGGAUCCUGGACUCGUCCAUGCUGGAGAGAGGCGACGUGAAGGAUGUGACAGUUUUAGGACAGCAGGUGGCAGUAUUCCGAGGCUUGGAUGGGAGAGUUUAUGCGCUGGAUGCCUACUGUCCUCACCUGGGCGCUAACCUGGCCGUCGGAGGACGGGUGGUGGGAAACUGCAUCGAGUGUCCGUUUCACGGGUGGCAGUUUGGUGGAAAUGACGGGAAGUGCGUGAAGAUUCCGUACGCCGAAAAAGUGCCUCAUUUCGCAAAGGUGCAUCCGUGGCCGAGCUGUGAGGUCAACAACCAGAUCCUGGUCUGGUUUCACUGUGACGGAGAAGAUCCUCAGUGGACCGUUCCAGAGCAGAAGGAGAUCACAGAGGGACAGUGGGUUUAUCGAGGGAGGACGGAACACUUCAUCAACGCUCACAUACAGGAGCUUCCUGAGAAUAUCGGAGACUUUGCUCACCUCAAUUUCCUGCACACGCCGGGUUUCAUCAGCGGCACAGAUCUACGAUUCACCGGCACCAGAAUCUGCACGUUUCUGCAGCACAUCUGGAAAGCUCAGUGGGAACCGGAGUCAGAGCCCAACAAACACUGCUCUCGCAUGUUCCUCCAACACACACUGACUGUGUUUGGACAACACUUCUCUCUGCUGGAUGUUCAUGUCGUGGCCAGACAGGUGGGUCCAGGUCUGGUGUGGUUGCAUUUUGAGCACAGUUUUCUGGGUCGAGGUCUGAUAUUACAGAGUGUGACUCCGGUGGAGCCUCUGUUGCAGUUUGUCACUCACACCAUCUACUACCAGGCCAAUGUUCCAGCCCUGAUUCCCAAGUUCAUCCUCAGAGUGGAGUGUGUUCAGUUUGAGCGGGACGUAAUGAUCUGGAACAAUAAGAAAUACGUCUCCAAACCUCUUCUAACGAAGGAGGACUCCAGCAUCCAGAGGCACCGGCGCUGGUUCAGUCAGUUCUACAGUGACAACAGUCCACAGCUGCAGCAGCGCAGGGACACGCUUCACUUCUGACCACAUGCAUGUGGACCACAUGCAUGUGGACCACAUGCAUGUGGACCACAUGCAUGUGGACCACAUGCAUGUGGACCACAGUGCUGGUCUCAGGGACACUUUACACUUUCUAUACAAUAAAGUAAAGAGGGAGAGUGACUGUAAAAAGUGUUGAUAUUCUGUCUAUUUUGUUGAAACUGAAAUUAAUUUAGUCCUUGUUUUUUCUUUUAAUGUUUUAUUUCUUUUAUUUUUAUUAAUGUAGUUUUAAAUUCAUGUUGUAUAUUAACAUUGAAUCUUUCCUACGACUGAGCAUUAAAUAAAACUCACUCUCUGCUCUGA